AUGGGCUGGGGACAUGUGAUGGAAGUCAGUGAAGCAAAAGCCCCCAUGAUGUAUCCUGAAUACGGAGCCGCUGCGGACGGUGCGACGGCUGCGGCAGGAGGCUCCCUCCCCAGCUGGGGUGUCUGCCCGGUGGAAGCAGCUGAGCAGCCAGCUGCUGGGAAGAGCAGUAGUGUGAAAUUGAGCUCUUCGCGGGGCUCAGAACCUGAAUGUUUCUCCCUCCCCAGAUUAAGACAGCGCAGCCCUGGGUCCCUCCUAGUGGGCAGGGUCCACAUCGUCUGCAGGCUGGAAAGAUCCCGCGGACAGGACACGUGGCAGGAAGGGGGAGCAGAGAGGAGGGCCCUGGCAACAAAUGGGCUACAUGAUCCUAAGAUAACAAAGAAGGUUCCAAGCCGCAGGAAGUGGAGUGAGGACGGGUGUGCUGGGUCCACCAGGAGCCCACAUCCUCAGCCACCACAGCAAAAAUGCCAGUCAGUUCAUCCACGUUCAGCGAAGAUGUGGCACGUAGCUCUGUCGGCUAAGACAGCUGCCAGCACACAGGAGCCCCAGAGAUACCCAGCAAAUAGACCCAGUGUCAGCCCAGACACGUGGCGUGUCAGAAACACAGGUCCCACGGCAGUCAUCUGCUUCCCCAAACGUCUGAUCUGAGGAGACCACCUGUAUGAUGGACACUGAGGGGCUUUGGAAGGCGACAGAGCUUCACAGAAAACCCAGACCCCCUCGCCCCAGGCCGGUCUUCCUCUCUAACCUUACCUCUCACUGUUUGCCCCUCGCUCACUCCUACUGUUACCUCUUCCCCACAGAGGCCAAGCUCACUCCCACCUCAGGGCCUU